UUAAAGCGGAGCUCCACCCAAAAGGGGAAGUUCCACUUUAAGGACUGCUCCCCAUUAGGAUUGGCACCUUUGGGGAGCGGGAGGGGGGAGCGGGUACCCAAUUUGACAGGUACCUGCUCCCACUUCUGGCCCGAUCGCCUAGGUGUGGAAGGUGUCCUCCCUCCCUGUAGUCUUUUGGGACACGUGACAGGUCCCAGAAGACUACAGGACCAUUCACGAAGAGCAGUGCUACUCAUGCAUGCGCAGUGGGUAUCCGGCUGUGAAGCCGCAAGCUAUCACAGCCGGGUGCCCACACUGAAGAUGAGGGCCUCCUGGAAUACAGGAUGGCCAGUGAAAUGAGCUGCGGGGGACACACCAUGGGACCGAGGGACAGGUAAGUGGCUGUUUUUUUAAAGUCAGCAGCUACAGUUUUUGUAGCUGCUGACUUUUAUUUUUUGAUAGGUCGAGUGGAACGCCGCUUUAA